GCAACUCUUCUUCACUUGUCUACUUAUCUCCAGCUUUUCCUUUCUCUGCUUUUAUUGCCUUCAAUCUUGUCUCGUUGUUCCUUCAACAGGCUUUUUGGCUCAAUUGUCUAUCGUUGGUAGUUACCUCUAGCUUAUUUGCCAUUUUCUUUUCUUACCAAACAAUCCAUCAAGUAUCCAGUUUUAUUUUCACCAUCAAAAAUAACUUUUGAUUUCUCAAACUUUUGAUUCCUCAACUCAAACUUACUCUUUUCAAAAACGUUUACCUCCAUAAGUGUCAGUGAUAUCAGAUCAAUAUCUGAGAAGAUGAAAAGGUUUUCAACUUCAAAAAUUAGUCUUAUACGAAAAGAUACCACUCCUGAGUUUUCUGAACCAACCUUGGUCGCCAAAAAUGACGACGACCAGGCAUACCAAACUCCCUACGAUGCUGCCAGAAAGAGACGUUCCUACAUGAUCCAAUUGGAAAUGCAGCAACAACAGCAGCAAUUGUCUCUGGAAUUAAACUCUUUAAAUACUGCUAACAUGAAAGUUCUCAGCCCAGAUAUCAGAAAUUCUCCAUAUUUCAAUGAUUUCAACAACCAAUCCAAGGGCUCCUUGGCUACUACCAAUCCCAACAGCAUAAACAAUAUAAAUAACAUUGAUAACAUCAUUGUCAAUAGCAACAACAACAGCAUCAAAAACUACAGUAAUAUCCCAAAUAAUCCUACCAGUCUUGCCAAUCUCACCAAUCUUGCAAAUCUCACCAAUCCCAAUAACUCGAAUGUUACUGCUGACAACAAUAGCAAUUCCAACAUUAAUCGCAUCAGCAGUAUUAACGACAUCGCCAACCUCGCCAGCUACAACAUUAACAGCACCAUCAAUAUUAACAACAAUAACAAUAGCAUCACUAAUAGUCCUCUCAUAAAUAGUCCCAGUUUAGUAGCAUCCGGAAAUGCCCUACUAUCUAUAAACAAUAACAAAAGUAGCGUUUCUUUAGCUGCUUCCUAUUCUGAUGUUCCUGACUUCCAACUAGGUGAACUAUCUGACGACUCCAAGGCCAAAAUUAACCAGCUAAUUCAAACAAACUACCACGUCAAGAUUGUAGUUGUCGGCGAUGGUGGUUGUGGCAAAACUUGUCUCUUAAUCAGCUAUGCUCAAGGCACUUUUCCCACCGUUUAUGUUCCCACGGUUUUCGAAAACUAUGUUACUCAUGUUCAGUCUCCAAUGACAAAUGAGUCAAUUGAAUUGGCUCUAUGGGACACUGCUGGUCAAGAAGAAUACGACCGGUUAAGACCUCUAUCAUACCCUGAUUCUGAUGUUAUCUUGAUCUGCUACUCAGUUGAUUCAAUAGUUACUCUAACAAACGUCAGAGAAAGCUGGAAUCCCGAAGUUAGACAUUUCUGUCCAGGAAUCCCAAUCAUUCUAGUAGGUUGCAAAUUGGACUUGUAUGACGACGACUCCUUCAAAAACUCAAAAAGAUCCAAAAUUGAUUCAUCUUUAAUUAAAAAAAUCUCAAAGGAAAUCGGUGCAAUUGCUCACAUACAAUGCUCUGCCAAAACCAUGCAUAACGUUAAAAAAGUCUUCAAUGUGGCCUUACAAACUGCUUUAAAUAACAUCACUGAUGGCGAAUUUAAUAAAAUAAUCCAAAACCAAAAAAGGAGCGCAAUCAAAAAAAUGAUUUCAAAGCCAUAUAUGAAUACUGCCUCAUACUUGAAAAACAAUUUAUCAGCUCACAGUCUUAACACGAACAGCACAUCGAAUAUUGCUAAUGUCCAUAGAAUCAAUAAUUUAAACUUGAAUUCUUCAAUGCUUAACCCAAAUCAAAACUUUCAUUCUGCCAACCAAGCACAUCGGAAAAAAAACAGUGUUAGUAUUUCAAACCAUCAAAUUAAAGAAGAAUCAGAAGAUCCCUUGGUUUAUAACGUUUCCGAAUAUUAUGCUGGACCCACAGAAAAUAACCCUACUCCCCCACAAAAGUCUAAAAAGGAUUCUUCUUGCUGCACAAUCUUAUAAGUCGUCUUUCUGGUAAUUCUUUUCUUUUUUUUUCCUUUUUUAAUUAUUAUUCUCCCCGUCGUUUUAUAAUAUAAUUUGUUGCUUAUUACUACCAUCAACCUGGUGUCAAAUUUUAUUUUUAUUUGAAAACAAUCUCUACUUGACCUUGUUUUUAUUUUUAUUAACUCUUUUUCACUUCAUCUUAGCGAUACUAUUGUUGAUUCACCACUUUUAGUUUUACUUUCAUUGUUG